AUGCCGGCAACCGUGCCGCCGGCCCCCGAUGAGACCGAAAUGAGACCGCCUGCGGAGGAGGUGGAUAGCGACCAGGAUGCAGAAGGCGAGGAGGAAACUGAUCUAUAUCACAUGGACCAACAGCUCCAAGAUGCUGUUCAUCGAGCAUAUUCGGGUGAAGUAGCUGCAGAGGCUGCAAACGCUGACCCUGGGGAGGACGAGGAUGCGGAGGGAGAACCGGAUACUGACCUAAAUCUGGAAGGGGAUGAGACGGAACCGGUUGGCGCAGUCAAAUUACCGAAUGAAGCCCCUUCUCUCACUUAUGACGAUUUGACCGCGGCAUCUGCCGAUGCGGAUCCAGCCUUUGAAAACCAAAGUGAGAGUGAAGCGUCCAGCCCAUCCUCCAAUAGCCAGGAGUCGGAUGUGGAUGAGGAAUGGGAAGGGGAAAGUAAUGAGAAUGAAGAAGAUAGGGAAGCGGAUAACAACACCUUGCGCGGGAAUUGCGUGUUUUGUCAACAAGAUGAAGAUAACGACCCGAGUGAGGAAUUCGAGGAGUAUCUAACAUGUGCAGUCUGUGGCGAUCACUCUCAUCGGCAAUGUGCACGCGAACAUGAUGCACUGGAUGACGCAGAAGGCAUGUACGGUAAAUCCUGGAGAUGCCCUACAUGUGUGCAUGAAAAGUUAGAGCCCAGGUCAAGAGAACCCAGUUCUAAUCAGCGAAAGCUGGGGCCCAAAAAUAUGAGCAAGGAGCUUUUGCCAGCUCAUGUUGGGGAACACUCCGGGUUCCAUUCAAUCUUCAAUACAGUGCACGUCAAUGAUGAUCUUUUAAAUAGCUCCCGCUCGCUGCGAAAGAGAAAAGCUUCGUCAGUUGACGUUCAUCAGGAGCAUACACCUGUGCUCCGAAAGCGGCAAAGGCAGACACCAAUGCGACAUGACGGCGCUGACACGAGAGACCAAGUUGCCGAGACUUUGGACUCUUUGUCUCCUGUACGUACCCGUUCUCGACGCACGCGCGGGGGUGAGAAAGAUGCUUGCCGUGUGCUCCUGAAACAAUUUGGACGGCUUAUCUUGGCGUUUCGACUCAACGAGACUAAGCUGUCCAAGAUUCUCAGCUCUCGCAGCAAAUCACUGAUUAAGAAUCGAAAAACCCCUAAACCACCCUCUGUUGCGCAUGAGGCUCAGGCACACUUUGCACCAAUCACUCCCGCCUACGUAUCUCCUUUCUAUUCGUUCAACGACCGCGAGACGGAUGAAUCGAAAUCGAAGCCUUAUGGUGGCAUUUUAUCGGAAGCGGAUGCGGACACGACCAAGACCUUGCCGACACACAUGGACCGGGAAAGAUUUGAAUUGGCGCGCCAAAAGGCCGAAGAAGCGUGGCAACGAAGGGCCAUCGAAGCUGAGAGUGGUGGAGAACCAAUGCAGCAUGCAUCGCAAAAGGUCUCAGGUCCUCCGUCCAAGAUCAAAUACAUCAACUUUGGGGGUUACGAGAUUGAGACCUGGUACGCGGCGCCGUACCCCGAAGAAUACAGCCGCAAUCGGGUUCUCUUCAUCUGCGAAUUUUGCCUGAAAUACAUGAAUUCCGACUAUGUCGCAUGGCGCCACAAGCUCAAGUGCCCUGCAAAGCACCCCCCUGGAGACGAAAUCUAUCGUGAGGGUUCCAUCUCCGUAUUUGAAGUCGAUGGACGAAAGAACCCAGUGUACUGCCAAAAUCUGUGCUUGCUCGCAAAACUGUUUCUCGGAUCGAAGACGCUCUACUAUGAUGUGGAGCCAUUUCUCUUCUAUGUCAUGACUGAAUAUGACGACCUCGGGUGUCAUUUCGUUGGUUAUUUUAGCAAAGAGAAACGGCCUAGCUCCGCAAACAACGUGUCUUGUAUCCUUACCCUCCCCAUCCACCAACGCAAAGGCUACGGAAACCUUCUGAUUGAUUUCUCCUACCUACUCACACGUAUCGAAGGGAAGACGGGCUCGCCUGAAAAACCUCUCUCGGAUAUGGGCUUGGUCUCCUAUCGAAACUAUUGGCGGCUUAUCUUAUCUUACAAACUACGAAAUCAGACAAAGCCGCUGAGCAUCGUGGACCUCUCGGAGCGCACGGGUAUGACAGCAGACGACAUUGUGUCGGGGUUGGAAGCUCUGCGCGCUCUCGUCAGGGACCCGGUGACGAAGAGCUAUGCACUGCGCCUCGACUAUAAUUACUUUGAAGAGUGUAUCCGCAAUUGGGAAAGCAAGGGCUAUGUCCAGCUUAACCCUGAUGCUCUGGUCUGGACACCAUAUGUCAUGGGCCGAAGCAACCAAUCGCAAUUUGACCGAGCCCCUCUUCAUACAGUCGCCCCCCGCGAAGGACUGGAGGAGGAUGAAGUCGAUCAGGCGAAAGAAUCCGGGAAAGAAGAACGGCAAUUUAAACCAAAUGGCAAUAUAACCGCCACGACCAAUGGCAAAGGGCAGAGUCGGCCCGAAAAAAUUCCCGGCGAGCCUGCCGGCCCUCCGUCGACUGAUGCUCUCUCUAAUAUCAACGGCUUUCGUCACCACAGCGCCACGUGCUCCGAGCCGAACGUCGCGGCUGAGCCAAGCCCUGCCGCUGAUAUACCGGCAUGGCGCUUUGAGGUUUAUCCUCCUGUCCAAGCGCCAGUCAUUAAACGGCGCCCUGGUCGACCCUUUGGUAGCAAGACCACCUACAAUAAAAUAUCCGUCACUCCAACAACGGCCCGAACCAGUGGUCGCAGCACCCCCAAAAGACCAUCCGCCUUGAACUCUGUGACCCCAACCACUAUUGUGCCGAGCGUACGACGUGGCCGUAGCGCGAAGCUGGCGGAUUCUCCCGCCGCGGAGCUGACUGACACGAAUACCAAUGGCAUUGAAAACGAUUCUCUCCAGAGUCUGGAAGAGCCCCUGGGAGAUGAUCCGGAGCGCGGGUCCCAACCAGCACCGUCGGAAACAGAAGCAAAAGCCAGUCAUGCCGAAGGGUAUGAGGAGUUGACCAAGAUCAACGGCGUCGAUGAAUCAGGCGAUGGGGGAGUUGAGAACGGCGAGACUCCUGUCCCUGGCCAGACGACGCCGUCCAGGGGCAAGGGAGCCACUAGCCAAGCCAAACUCACCCGAUCUGUGAACCGAAAGCCUAUUGUAGAGAAACUAGAAGUUGUGAUUGCGGCCGAAAGGCGCCAAAAGAAUGGGGACAGUCAGAUCGAGUUAAAUGGGACCGAUGGGGACGAGGAUGCGGUCAUGGAGAAAUGA